AUGGAUUACUGUACUACUUGCAAUAAUUACUUUUCCGCAGAAGCCUUUAUUUAUAAAGGCAAAAUUAAUAAAACUUGUUCCAAUUGCUUAGACACAAGGUCAAAAAAGAGAAAAUUAAAAAAACAAUCUUUAUCCAAUAAUAUUGAGUAUGAAAAUAAUGAAUUGGUUUAUGAUCGUGUUUCUUUUACUAAAAUCGUUGAGUAUAUUUCUAACAAGGAAGCUAAUCUUGGAGUAAAUGAUAUAUUAUCUUUCAAUCUUUAUAUCGAACUUGAUGAUCUUGUGUUGAAUACUGCACAUCAAGAUGCAAAAAAUACUGUAAAAUUAAUAGUAGACGAAAUUGAAGGAUUUGAUGGAUAUGAUUGGGUUUUUACAACUGGACCUGAAAUGUCAUUACAUCACAAUGGUGUUGAUCCCAUACAAUUACGAAUACAUCUUCGCCAAAAAUUCAAUAUUUUACUUACUACUAACAAACAAAUACAUUAUUGGUGGUCAACAUAUUGUCAAUGUUUAUAUAAAUCAGAUGAUAAUCAUAUAAUUUCUACUCGCAACUUUUUUGAAGGGCCUAAUACUAAAGGCAAUAAGCUUUGUUUUGAUUGGAACACUAAUAUAGUUACAGCUAUUGGAUUUGUGACUCCUUUAUUUUUCAAAUUGCUAUCAUUAUCGAGUUUUCCCAUAGCUUAUCUCACUUUAAAUACUACAAAAGCACAAAAUAAUGAAGAACAAUCAGGGUUACAAACAAUAGCACUUACUGGUUUUUUUAAUUCACUUCGUGAUAAAGGAUUACAACUAUAA